AUGCCGACUGGCAGUUGCGAUGGCUCAGGUUCUGCCGUGACAGACAUGGUUGUCGCGCCUGAAGAAGGCAGCGCCCACGUGGUAAGUCCUGCCAUUGCCGAUGACGAUAGGGUGUUCCAAGAAUACCUCUCGAACGAGCCGUCCAACCGCAACAGGCGCAUGAUUCGAUCCCACCCAACAAUGGGUGAUUCCAUGCCGGAAGCGCGGCCGAUACUGUUCAACAUAGUCCCAAAGCGUGGUCAAAGAGAGGCGGAGAGCCGCCUGCUUGCGCAGUCACACUUGAAAGGACUUGAGGAGCUCGUGGCGCCUUACCAGCAGGACCUUGUUGACCUAUUCUUCUCCAAGGUCAACAUCUGUUUUCCCGUCUUCGAUGAGUUUAUGUUCCAGAGAGUCUUUACGGCCAGUAAGGACAGCAUGUCGCCAAGUCUGCUAUGCUACGUCUAUGGCAAUGCCAUGACUUACUGGAAAUCGUCAGAGCGACUGAUGACAGUUCCCGCCCCAGAACAGCGGAGCGCUUGGUUACACGCCGAAGACGCCUUGAACGCAGAGUGGAAAUCAACGCCCGGUAUCUCCAUGAUACUGUCAAUCAUACUCAACCUCUGCGGCCGACCAAGUAGCCACUACCUGGGGAACGGGGUUCUUUUGGGCAUGGCCGUCGCUUUGGCAAACUCAGCUGGCUUGAACCGCGAUCCCUCGCCUUGGAAUCUGUCGCCAUACGAGAAGCGGUUCAGGAUCAGGAUAUGGUGGCUGCUGGUCAUUUAUGAUGUCUGGUCCAGCUGGGCGUACGGCACGCCGCACCGCAUUCGACGCUCACACUACGACGUCCCAACGCCGACUACAGAAGACAUCGUCGGUCCGAGUGCAUCCAACGAGCAUACUGCUGGUGCCUCCUGCUUUGUGUCGCUGAUAGCACUGACCCAAGUGCUCGUGCACGGUCUCGAACACGUCUACCAUCUGAGCGGUGGCGGUCCUAACACAGAAGAGGUCUGUUCUGAUCUGGACAGCCUUUUGGUCAUCUGGGAAGACUCAUUGCCCGAUGAUCUUCGUCGGCCUAUCAUACGAGGGAUAAGACUCAGCGGACAUGGUACUGCAAACCUCCGGCUCGCCUACUUGUCGGUGAAACUACUCAUCUGCCGCGUUCAGCUCGACUGGGAUAAUAGUGUUUGCAGAGACGAUAUCAGCUCCAGGCAUUACGUCCAAGCUCGAAGGGUUUGUGAAGAUAUUGUCGACUUUGUCCAAGAAUUAGAUGAAGCGAGCAUUGGUGGCUUCUGGCUUCCACCGACCGCACACUCUCUCACUUCAGCAACGACCUUUCUCAUGCGAACUGCUCUGAGAUCCAGAGGAUCUAUGCGCAAUCCGUCGCUCAAGUUUGCGCGAACGAUGGUUGAUACUCUGGCAUCAUACCGUCGUUUGUACGAUUUUGACAUUGCUGACAACUGCCUCUCGAACUGUGGUGAUCUCAUUGACAAAGUCGAGCUUGCAUGCAAUACUAUGGAUCCAGCCCUUGCAGACUGGGAGCUGUCUCUCCUGGAAGGGAUCGACUUCACAGCUUUACAUGAGACUGUUCACUAUUGA